AUGUCUGAAAGAAGCAAAGAAAUACCAAAACUACGAGGAAGAUUCAAACUAACAAAACAGGUAGGAUUGAAGGAAAGACCAAAGAAAGAAAAGCUAAUAAGGAAAAGAAACAAGCAAACAUAAUGAAGUCAAACAAAAAAUGUCUAUUCCAUUGUUGCAGGGUUGGGAAGCUAUUCCGAUGGACCCAAGCGUGCUAGAGCAACAGCCUUGGAGGAGUCUAAGGCAGCAAGCCGAGGAUUCAGCUCUGAUCAGAGAAUGUCAAAAGGAAAGACUCUGCAAUAUAUGUGGAAAAAGCCUUACGAGACAUAUAGGACCAGACAUCUACAGAGAGAGAAAAAAAUAUGGAAACACCGUGCAAAUUUACAUAGUCCGAGAGAGCUACAGAAUGUGCAGAGAAAGUCAGGGUUGGGAAGCUAUUCCGAUGGACCCAAGCGUGCUAGAGCAACAGCCUUGGAGGAGUCUAAGGCAGCAAGCCGAGGAUUCAGCUCUGAUCAGAGAAUGUCAAAAGGAAAGACUCUGCAAUAUAUGUGGAAAAAGCCUUACGGGACAUAUAGGACCAGACAUCUACAGAGAGAGAAAAAAAUACGGAAACACCGUGCAAAUUUACAUAGUCCGAGAGAGCUACAGAAUGUGCAGAGAAAGUCAGGGUUGGGAAGCUAUUCCGAUGGACCCAAGCGUGCUAGAGCAACAGCCUUGGAGGAGUCUAAGGCAGCAAGCCGAGGAUUCAGCUCUGAUCAGAGAAUGUCAAAAGGAAAGACUCUGCAAUAUAUGUGGAAAAAGCCUUACGGGACAUAUAGGACCAGACAUCUACAGAGAGAGAAAAAAAUACGGAAACACCGUGCAAAUUUACAUAGUCCGAGAGAGCUACAGAAUGUGCAGAGAAAGUCAGGGUUGGGAAGCUAUUCCGAUGGACCCAAGCGUGCUAGAGCAACAGCCUUGGAGGAGUCUAAGGCAGCAAGCCGAGGAUUCAGCUCUGAUCAGAGAAUGUCAAAAGGAAAGACUCUGCAAUAUAUGUGGAAAAAGCCUUACGGGACAUAUAGGACCAGACAUCUACAGAGAGAGAAAAAAAUACGGAAACACCGUGCAAAUUUACAUAGUCCGAGAGAGCUACAGAAUGUGCAGAGAAAGUCAGGGUUGGGAAGCUAUUCCGAUGGACCCAAGCGUGCUAGAGCAACAGCCUUGGAGGAGUCUAAGGCAGCAAGCCGAGGAUUCAGCUCUGAUCAGAGAAUGUCAAAAGGAAAGACUCUGCAAUAUAUGUGGAAAAAGCCUUACGGGACAUAUAGGACCAGACAUCUACAGAGAGAGAAAAAAAUACGGAAACACCGUGCAAAUUUACAUAGUCCGAGAGAGCUACAGAAUGUGCAGAGAAAGUCAGGUAACAAAUAGCAGGCAGGUAUGCUGCUUUUAACAGAAAUUACACAGAUAAAAGAGAAUUUUUCACAUGUACAAUGUGGUGGAGGCAAAGACAGCUAGCGCGGAUGUAGCAAGUUCCAAAGUAGCCAAACUUCUGUGUUCCCUAGCCAUGAGGGAUCUGAGUUUAGGAUCCAGAAAGCAAAAAUUUCGCUUGGAGGAAGCUAAAUCUUUUGCAGAAACAUGCCGAGGUGAGAAGGCAAGGGGAGCUACCAGGCAUACACUUGCCUCGAAACUUGGCCACACUUGUGCUGUCCCUACCCUGAAGGGCUUUGCAGCUGGUACCCGCAGCUAAAUGUCUCUCAGGCCUAAUCCCAAGCAUUCCUGGAUGCUUAGAAGCUUUCCUGGAGGUAGCUAUCAGGCAUGCAGCUACAUCCAAAGCAGGGCCAAUAUUGUGAGAGACCUAAUGCAGACGGCUCUUCAGCUGGUAUUGACAAGCAGUUCUCAAUUUGGAGCUAGCCCAAAAGGUUUUCAAAACAUGAUCAGCGAAGGGUUGUGGAGGUACCCAGGGAGGUGCCUCCCUCCAAAAGCUGCCAAAGGUCUCAGGUACCAACACUAAAGGAAUCUGAGGACAGGAUCCAAAACGAAAUGUGUAUCUGGAGCUAGCCACAAAGUUUGGCAGACAAGAUGAAUCAGAGGCAAGAGAAGCCUCUUGGAAUGCACCUCCCACAAGAAUUGGCCAAAGUUCUCGGGUACCUAGCUAGCCUGCAGGGGUCUGCGGACCGAAUGCACAGGUCCCUCUGUCCCUAGAAGAGGCCAAGAAUCUUGAGCAAGUAUGCCUGGGAGGAGGAACGGGUGGCUACUGGGCAUGCACGUGCUUCCCAAUUUGGCCAAAAUUCUGCUAGACACCCCGUACGGGUAUGCUGCUUUUGCCAGUUUUCAUGCAGCUAACAGAAUCUUUCACAAGUAGAAUGUGGGGGAGGCAAAGGUAGCUAGCGCGGAUGUAGCGAGUUCCAAAGUAGCCAAACUUCUUUAUUCCCUAGCCGUGAGGGAUCUGAGUUUCGGAUCCAGAAAGCAAAACUUCCUCUUGGAGGAAGUCAUUUCUUCUGCAGAAGCAUGCCGAGGAGAGAAGGCAAGGGGAGCUACCAGGCAUACACUUGCCUCGAAACUUGGCCACACUUGUGCUGUCCCUACCCUGAAGGGCUUUGCAGCUGGUACCCGCAGCUAAAUGUCUCUCAGGCUGAAUCCCAAGCAUUUCCAGAAGCUUUCCUGGAGGUAGCUAUCAGGCAU